AUGGCUGUUUUGGUGAAAGCUGGUUUCACCGGCUCCAAAGGCAACUACGUCUUGGGCAGAGACUCCGUUCCCAUGAUGGCUGCGGUGAAGGAGUUGGUCAAGAAGCACAUUUUCCCGUGGAUCGAGGAGCAGGAAGCAGCGAACCAUCCGCACGUUCUCACGCUGCGAACUCUCAACGACCUGAUUGUGCAGGAGUUUUCGGCCCGACAUGACGCCGAGCAGACCAUCAUGUGUCUGCGGUCACAGCAGGAUCACCAGCUUGUCAGAGCGGCUGCGGAGGCCAACAAGGCAUCUCGGACCAUCCGCAAGCUGGAAGAAGACAACAAGGCGAAGGAGGACCUCCUCCUGCAAAAGGAUGCUGUCAUCGCGGAAAAGGACACAGUCAUCGCGGAAAAGGACGCUGAAAUCGCACGCCUGCGUGCGUUACUAGAACAGCGUGCGGCAGGAACAUGCCCGCCCGCGGAUGUCUCCGGCCAGUCACCCCCGCCUGUCCAAGGGGCCCCAAAGGUGGAACCCCAGCAGCCCGCUGACGCUGCGUACGAGAAGGAUGUCGUGGCUCCAUGGAGGAAGUGUCAAUCCGUGGAGCAUGCAUGGGUGCUGUGGAACCUCCAAGGACGCGGCGACCAAAGACGCCUUCGAGACCGCUAUGGGAAAGACCCCUGCUUCGUCAAACGCCACUCCUACGACGGUGGCUCCAAAAGCGUGGGCGGGAUUACUGCACAAAUGCGGCGCGUAAAGAGGGUGAUGGACGCGGUGGAGGCCCUUGGGGAAACCACGCAGGUCAGGCAAAAGCUGGAGUCCAUUCUCGGGCGAACCGGGGGGUGGAGCACGUUCGCAGACGGCAUCGGCGUGGUCAAGAUGCCCGGGAAGGUCGAGCCAGAUGGGGACGAUGGACUGGAGGCAUUCACGUCAACGCAACAUGACCAGCUGAAGGUUGCGCGGAUGCUCGUUGAGUCGGAGCUGCGAACGGAGGACUGGCUAAAGAAAAAGUUCCCUACAACGUGGCACAAGUCCCCUGCCCCCAAGCCCCAGAAGCCAAAGGCGCCUGCGAAAAAGCGCCAAAAGGUUGCUAACACGUGA